CCAGGAAAAAAACGUACAAGCAUCACAUUGGUUUUGUUAUCUCAGUAGGUACAGUAAAUUAACGUACCUUGGCUUACACUUCAUAUCGCGCAUAAGUUGUUAAAUCUCGCGCGUGACAUUGCUGUAUGCAAAUCUCUCAAGUGUGUCACGUCCUGUGUUGAAUUGUGUCACAUGGGGGAAAAUGUUAUAGGGAGCAAAGAAAAACCUCAACCGUCAUGUUUAGAUGGCUUCAGACAAGCAAAAGAGCAGCACUUCCAGUCGGUAUAGAUGUUUAAGCCCCGUUGGUCCAUUGUGAACAUUAAUUAGGGAAAUAUUUGCCUCCAAAUCCUGGUUUGAGUGUUUCCGUCGUACUUUCCUGUGACUGAGAGGAGCGCACUUCAACAGGCAGCCCCUGCUAAUCGAGCGCCUAUCGGGCAGCAGAGGAGCUACAAGAUGGCGCAAGCAAUAUUUGAAGUGCUUGAAGGCAUGGACAACCAGACAGUGUUGGCGGUCCAAUCUCUGCUGGAUGGCCAAGGUGGAGUUCCUGACCCAAACAACCAGAACGUCUCUGGGACGUCCACUAUCCAGUCUAUGGACGACGAGGACGUGUUCCUGUGUGGGAAGUGCAAGAAACAGUUCAAUUCUCUACCAGCCUUCAUGACGCACAAGAGGGAGCAGUGCCAGUCUAGCGUCCCCUCCCUGUCCACAGUGUCCUUGGCCUCCACCAAUGCCUACACACCGGUCCCCUCAAUCAGCUCGGGACCACAGACUCCUGCCAACAGACAGGUAUCCACCUACAUCGCAGUCCCUCCCUCCCCUCUGACACACACUCUGGUCCAAGGCAACGUGCUGGUUAGCGACGACGUUCUCAUGUCGGCUAUCUCAGCCUUCACCUCCAUCGACCAGCCUAUGGCUGCCAUGCAGACACCUAUACAGAGUAACCUGAGCAUGCACACAGCUGGUGUAUCUUACCUGCAGCACCAUCACCACCACCACCACCAUCAUCAUCAUCAUCACCAGCAACAGCUACAGCAACAACAGCAACAGCAACAGCAACAGCAACAGCAACAGCAACAGCAACAGCAACAGCAGCAGCAGCAGCAGCAACAGCAACAGCAGCAACAGCAGCAGCAGCAGCAGCAGCAGCAGCAGUCCUCCAACGUCCUGCCAUCCGGCCAGACACCGGCCCACCCCCUGCCGGCCGGACAGCCCGCCCAGCAGCCGCUCUCCUUACAGGUUCCAGUGAGCCACAGCAACUCAGUGGUCCAGGUGUACAGCACACUGCCCCAUAUGGCUGGAGGUGGUGGUGGUGCAGAGAUCCACACCUUGGGUCUGCAGCCUUUCCAUCCUGUACAAGUGCCCAGUCAGUGUGUGGAGAGCCAGCCAUUCACCACCCCUCCUGUCUACAGCCCCGGGAAGCAGGGCACUAAAACAAAGACCUGCAGCAUCAUCACCAACCUGACAGAGCUGGGCGACUUUGAAAAGGUCAUCAUCCCCAAACGAUCAAGGAGUAGCAAAAAAAACUCUGAUGGAGCCAUAGCAGAGCAGCUGAAAGGAAAAGUUCCAAAGCUGAAGUGUAAUUUCUGUGACAAAAUCUUCUCGAAAAACUUUGAUCUUCAGCAGCACAUUAGAAGUCACACAGGAGAGAAACCCUUUCAGUGCAUCGUCUGUGGCCGAGCUUUCGCCCAAAAGUCCAACGUGAAGAAACACAUGCAGACACACAAGGUGUGGCCCAUGGGUGUGGCCAGCACAGUGUCCAGACUACCAAUCACAGUAAAGGUGGUACCAGUGUCGCCCAAUGAGGAGGAGGGGGGGGGCGGGGAGCAGCAGCCGCUGCAAGGUGAACAAGAGGAGGAGGAAGAGGGGUCACAGCAGCAGAACUGUCAAACACAAAUAGAAGAAGAGGUAGUUCAAACAGAAGCUCCAGGGGAGUUGGAGGAGAGCGCGGCCGAGACUCGGGCUGAUCCGGAGGGCGGCGGAGGGGAAGCCACGCAGAACGGGCAGAACGGGCAGAACGGGCAGAACGGGCAGAACGGGCAGAACGGGCAGAACGGGCAGAACGGGCAGAAUGGGCAUCCUCAGGUUCAGAUGCAGGCGCAGCCCAACCAGGACCAACAGUGCCAAGCUCAGACUAAACAGAUAGUUGUAAUAGACAGCUCCUACCAGUGCCAGUUCUGCGCCAGCAAGUUUAAGACCUACUUCCAGCUCAAGUCUCACCUGACGCAGCACAAAGGGGAGCAGGUUUAUAAGUGUGUAUUGAAGUCCUGCUCCCAGACCUUCCAGAAGUUGGAUCAGUUCCUGGAGCACAUCAGGACGCACCAGGAGCAGCUGACCUACCGCUGCCACCUCUGCAGCAAGGUGUUCCCCUCCCUGUUUGAACUGGGAGUCCACCAAUACUCCCACUGCUUCUGCCCACAACAGAGCACACGCAAGGAAACCUCCAUCUACAGGUGUGUGAAGUGUCAAAGCAGAUAUUCUACCCAGGAGGCACUGGAGCAACACCUACUGACUGCCUCGCACAACUUUCCCUGCCCACACUGUCAAAAGGUUUUCCCGUGUGAAAGGUACUUCAGACGCCACCUCCCCACUCAUGGCAUUGGAGGGAGGUUCAAGUGUCAGAUCUGCAAGAAAGCCUUCAAGACAGAGCACUACCUCAAACUGCACACACGUAUUCACUCAGGUGAAAAGCCAUACAAAUGCUCCCUCUGUGAGGCGACGUUCAACAGGAAGGACAAAGUGAAGCGACACAUGCUCAUACAUGAACCCUUCAAGAAAUACAAGUGUCCCUUUAGGACACACGUAGGCUGCACCAAAGAAUUCAACAGACCAGACAAACUCAAAGCCCACAUUCUCUCACAUUCUGGUAUCAAACCCUACAAGUGUCUUUUUUGUCAGAAGGCGUUCAGCCGCAGGGCUCACAUGCUCGAGCAUCAGCAGUCCCACACAGAUAACUACCGCUUCAGAUGCUCCACCUGCAACAAGGGAUUCACCAGACAGAGCUAUUACAGAGAUCACAAAUGUCCUGCGGCAGGAAACGGGACAGGAAGUGAAGGAGGGACUGGAGAGGCGGAGGAAGACGAGGUCUUGGCGAUGCCUAAUGCAGAGGAGGAGGACGGAGAGGAUGAAGGGAGAAGAAGCAGGUUCUUGAGAAAAGACAAAAGGCCGGGGGGAGAUGACGGAGAGAAGGACGACAGCUCAAAGGGCGGCCAAGAGCAGGUGGAAACACACAGGGAGGAGGAGGAAGAGGAGGAGGAGGAGGACGAGGAGGAGGAAGAAGAGGAGGAGGAGGAGGAGGAGGAGGAGGAGGAAGAGGAAGAGGAAGAGGGGAGGACUGACGAGGGUUGUCAGGCUGCAAUGACUAUCACCACCAUUGAAGGGCAAGAGGACAGAGAAGAGGAUGACGGGAUGGAACACGGCGGCGUGGUUCUGGAGCAGAUUCAGACCAACGACCAAAACUGUUUGCAGCAGCCAUGUUUGUAGUUUUAAGCAUUAUCUUAGUUGUAAGAUUUCCUGGACGUGGACCAAACAAAUGAAGCUAUCCAUUAUUUUUAAAAAAGUCUGGGAAAUGAUUUCAUUAUUUGUUUUAAAUUAAAACGUUAUUUAAAUGAUACACACUGCUUUAUUGUAAAGUAAGUAGGCCUACAGUAUGUUACUCGGUAGAUCUAUAUUGCCAAAAUAACCAGUGGGCCAUUUCCAUGCACUUAUGUACAAAUUUUGUGAAAGUUAAGCCAUAGUGGUUCAUUUAAAAUGUCAUAAUGUCAAAAUGUGAUGUCAGCAUUUUCCCUCAUUUUUUUUGUAGCAAAAACUACAUUAUUUUCAGUUUACCCAUGUCUCAAAGUAUAUUUGUGGCCAUAUAAAUGUUCUUGCAUUUUGAGUAAAAUUCAACCCUCCGAUACUCUUUCACUGUUAUGUACGAUCAGUUUGACAUUCCGUUUGUGGUAUUCAUUGGUGUACCCACUUUCAAUGAUCUUUCCUUGUUUACUUCUACUUCAGUUGGUGAUUUCUUAGAUUUCUGAGACUCGUGGGAGCACAACGGAAAGGAUUAUAUCCAAAUGUAGAUCUAGUAAUGUUCACAGACAUUAACAGGUUUAAAGUGGUGCGGGCUGCCCAAUAAAAAUCUGUAAAAGAGGCUCAUGCAGACGUCACCAGACCAAUUCCAGCUGCUGGAAUUACCCACAUUUUGUAAUAAUAAUGAAAACAUGGUGAAAAAACGAAA